AUGAGUGCUCCAUAUAGUGCGCCUCAACAACUUUGGUGCCAUUUAACGAGCACGAAAUUUGAUAUUCCAAAACUUAACGCCAUACGCCUUCUUCAACAAGGCACACGUCAGCCCGAACUUGAUAAAAUAGCGUCGUAUUACUUUGAUGGACAAGGCAAAGCACUGAGGCCCAUGGUAACAAUGCUUAUGGCCAAAGCGAUAAACUAUCAUUUAAAUAAAGAAUCAAGCCUUUUGGUACACAAACAACGACAAAUUGCGCUUUUUUCUGAAAUGGUGCACUCUGCCAGUUUGGUGCAUGAUGAUGUUAUCGAUCAAUCUGAUUUCCGGCGUGGUAAGCCCAGUGUUAACGCGCUGUGGAAUCAUAAAAAGGUCACAAUGGCUGGAGAUUACAUAUUGUCAGUUGCUUCCAUUAUGAUUGCACGUUUGAAAAGUAAUGAUGUGACCAUAAUAUUAAGUAAAUUUGCGCAUAGCUUGACAUAA